UUUGCACUACUGUGUGGCGGGCGAAAAGGAACAAAAGGAAUGCAAAGUUGAACGAUUGCCAUAUAUCGAGCCAUCUCCAUGGUGGAACCUGGUCUUAAGACAGAGGCAAGGCGACGGCCUUGGUUGGUUCCAGCGGGUCCUCGACUCUGCAGAAUUGGGUUGGCCUGCCUGGCAUUGACAACCGUUGUUGGAGGAAGCUCUCAACAAUGGGGAACGGGGAGUACUGCAGCUUCGGCUUUGUCAUCUGGCGAAAAGCCUGUUGGCAGGUCGUCGCCUUCCAGCCCUUUUCUCGAUGACAGGAGAGAUCCAGGCGAUACUACAUACGACGACGUUGAAAGUGAGGCUACAACACCCCCUGUAUCUCGGUAUACGCAUCGAUCAAAUACAACACCUCCACCGCCUCCACCCGAGGCGCAGUAUUCAUCGUCUAGGCCCCCGUUUGAAUCGACGCGGACACCGAUUCACUACCAAUUCCAAACACGGUCACCCGAGGGUCGGCAGAAAAAGCCGAAUUUUGUCGAACGUGAUGAUCUACCGCAAACGUAUUCCGACCUCAUUAAGGACAAUUUCGACGACAACGUUGAUUCCAACUACGCAUCUCCCAGGAACGAUGCCAUUGGACGGUACAUGUCCACGUCGCGAGGCAAGGCGUUACUUUUGUUGAGCUCGGGAACCGUGGGUGGAGCGAUAGGAGCCUUUCUUGGAAAGUCGCUUCUGAAUCGGCCUUUCGCCUUGUCCAUUCCGUUCUUCUUUACGUUUUGGAUUGCAGCCAAUUUGCGCAAUUCGUACGGUGAAUUUGUUAAGGCUUUAGGGAUGACGCUAAUCUUUGCCGUCCAACGUAGCCGUCGCAUUCGCAAGACGUAUCCCACCUUUUGCCACGUCAAGGCAUUGAUUGGAGCAGCACAGCGUCGUGAGUUUCCCCCCAUUGAAAAUCCUUGGGCGUACGUGCCUUUGGAAGAAGGCGACGUUGAGUUCAAAAUGCUGUACAGUGUGAUUGCCAUGGGCUUUGUCGGGUCGGCGUGUGGGGGUAACCUCCCCUUAAUUCCGGCAUGGAUUGGGGCUUUGGCCGGGGCUGGGUCUUUCGCCUUCUGGACCACGGCCCGCAAUGCACAAGGAGACUUGGCAAGAACCAUAGGUAUGCGGGUAGUUUCGCUGGCACAGGAAAUUCUGCAGAUCAAUUAUGAACUGGAGCUUCUGAGUAAAUUUGGUGUGGUCUCGGGUAAGGUCUUGGACAAGUUGUUGAUUCUAGAUCGAAAGCACCGCAUCAAAGAUAGAUUGAUAGCGGGCACAUCGUGGGCGUACGACCGAAUAUCGAGGACGGCAGCGGAGGUCCAGAACGAUAUGCAGUCACCGAGCCGAGGGGGGGACGAACGAUUUAGUGGCAACCGCAGACCAAGGGACGGCGACGAUCGAUUCGAUCGGAGGGACCCCGCUCAAGGGCGCGAAUGGUCGCAAGGUAUGAGGCGUCGUCCGCCCACUGAGGAAAGAGAAGAACAACCGUACGGGGACAGCAGAGCUCGUCGAUAUGACCCUCACGAUGGAAGAGGACGCUAGUCAAAGUGCUCGUUAUAGUCUCUAGUCUCCGUUCCCUUGAAAGAGAGCGUCCGUUCCCUUGAAAGGAUGGACCAUGUAAUAUUGUAGCAAAUCUGCAAGUUUAUUUGACGC